AUGAUUAGUGAUGAUCAAACAACGGCAUUUGCAUUAACACAUCUUUUGAAUGAUAAUUAUCAUAUACGAUUAGAAAAUUUAUCAAAAAAUUAUAAUUCAUUAUUAUUAUUAGGUAAUGAUAGACAUAUGAGAUUUUUACUAUAUGAAACAACAUUUCUUUAUAAUCAUUAUAUUAUUGAAUGUGAUCUAUUUCGUAGUAAAAGUGCAAGAUAUAUUAAAAAUUAUAAAUAUCAAACUGAAAUGUUAAUAAUAAGUGAUGGUGAAUCGAAAACAAUUGCAAUUACAAAUCAACUAAAUGAUUAUUUGUUUAAUAUUUUUAAUGGUAAUGGUGAUGAUCAUGGUGAUGAUAAUGGUGACGAAAAUGGCCAUGGUGAUAAUGGCCAUGAUGGUAAGCUACAAAGAAAAAAGCAAAUUGAAAUAAAAAAGUUGAUACCUAAAAAAAUUGAUUCAUUACUAAUGAAAAAAACAUUACCAUCACAACCAUUAACAUCAUUAUCAACGGCAUCAUCAACGGCAUCAUCAUCAUCGGCAUCAUCAUCAAUAACAACAUUGGCGAAAACGCCACCGUCAUCACUAGAAAAAAGAUCACCACUACCGCCUCCGUUGCCACCAUUGCCGCCUUCGUUGCCACCACUACCGUCUCCGUUGCCACCACCAUUGCCGCCUUCGUUGCCACCACCAUUGCCGCCUUCGUUGCCACCACCAUUGCCGCAUCCGUUAUCACCACCGAAAAUAGAUAAUUAUAGUUUAAAAUUAAGAAGAGAAUUAUCAAUGAAAUUAAAGAGAGAUUUAUCAUUAAAAUUGAAGAAAAAAAAUUUAUCA